CGCAGAGUGAGUCCCGUUCUGAGGGAGCACAGAGCUGCCCGGAGCAGAGCCAACAGGAGCAGUGCCGACUGUCACCAUGGAGACGCACAGAACAGAUGAGCCGAUGCCCUCACCUGCCCUGGCCUCACCCGUGCUCCCAGACUCACCUGCGCCCCCGGCCUCGCCCCUGGUCUUACCUGUGCCCAGCUCUGAGAACCUGCUGACUUUUGACUGCGAGUUUCAGUUUGACUCUGGACCUCCGGCAUUUCGCUGUGAGGAAGGGCAUCCGGGUCAAAUGGUGACAGUGACUCUGCCGGCUCAGUGCAGCGUCUACCAGCUCCGACUGCGCAUCUGCAUCCAGGUCCAGGAGACGAGUAGUCAUCCUGAGCCUCUGUUGGUGCUGGACCCAGAGAAGAGUACUCUCCUGUACCCCAGGGGGCGAGAGUGGGUCGAAGCCUACGAUGACUGCCAGGUGCUGAGGACCCUGCAUAUCCCCUGGACACAUGACCAGGCAGGGCACAGGAGAACCAGAAUACUGCUCAAACAGGCGGUGGCGCUAGACUCUGAGCAGAGGGAGGAGCAGCAGCAGCUCCUCACAUACCUGAUUGGACAUAAUCUGGAGAAAGAAACUCGUGACCGAUUGGAUGAGCUGACCUUCACACGGCGGAAGCUGGCGUCACUGCGGCGACAGGAGGUGGCAAACCGUGACCCUGAGGCUUACGCCACAGAGCCCUGGGUCACAUACACGCCUCUGCCCAACGAGCUGCAGGAGCACACCAAGAGGAGGCUGCUGGUCACGCUGCACUACAUGGACAAGAUCAGCUUCAGUCUAAAAGUGGAGUACAACCACACAGCCUCAGGGCUGCUACAGAUGGUUUAUAAAGUCUUUGAGGAGCAGGGCGUGGACUUCGAUCGCUCUGAUCUUCUGGUUCUCAAAGUCUCUGGCCGUGAGGAGUUCUUCAGUGGAGAGCACAGACUGAGUGACUUCCUGUGGGUGCGUCACUGCAUGAAGACCCACACAGCCCUGCACCUGUCGGUCCUGCCAUGGUCCUGUCUCCCCAGCGACGCCCUGGACUGCGAGGACUGGCCCCCCAUUGACGGCUUCAGCGGUCAGUUCAGUUCCCACGACGACCUGUGCUUGGACAAAAAGGAUGUGGACGACAUCGUUAUGAUUUCUCUGUGGGACUGUAAACGGAAGCUGCGUGUCAAACUGCUCGGGUUUGACCUGGUUGCUCUGCCGGAGAAAUGCCCACCCCUUGUGUAUGUGGAGGCAGCGUUGCUGUACGGGAGCAAAGUGAGAGCGUUGGUUAGCUCUGCCCCCAAAGCAAUGGCGGAGGAGGUACUGUGGAACGAGUGGCUGGAGUUCGACGUUCUCCUGAGUGACCUGCCUCGAGGCGCUAAGCUAGGUUUAACCAUCAACGCCGUGGCUAACGACAAUACGUUGACCAGACAGGAUGUGAAAAGUGGGUCCACGAGAGAGCCCAAAAGCGCCGGCAAAGAAGCCAAAAGUACACUGCCCCCUGGUGUCAGGAUGGAGAUGCCAAAAGGAAACGGGAAAAUGCUUUACUUUGUGAACCUACUCCUCAUCGACCACAGGUCGGUUCUGAGUCAGGGUUCUCACACACUGCACAUGUGGAGCUGUCCAACCCAAACCCAGGACGAGGCCGUGACUUUUGGAGCCGACAAACUCUCGUCCGCUACAAACCCUGACCUCAGCGGCUCUGUGGCCAUCAGCGUCUGUCUGGACCGCUACAGUUUCCCCGUGGUGCUGCCCAACUCAUCCAGAACCCAGAAUCAGCAGAACCAGUGCACCUCUUCAUCCUCUGCUUCUACUGAGUCCCCUGCGCUCUCUGAGCACCUGUUGAGAUCCGAGCCCCUGUCGUCCCCUGACCCUUCUCCUGUCACCCCUGACCCUUCCCCUGUGACCCCUGACCCCUCCGCCCUGGCCAGUCCCCGCGUGCCCCCCAGGCCUCCCGUGGGGCGCCCGGGUCUCGGUCACUUCCGGGAGGAGAGCAUGCAUUAUGCGUCGCAUCUGCCCGAGUUCCUGCGGAAGGUGAACUGGAUGGACCGCCGCGCUGUGGAGGACGUGCACUGGCUCCUGGACCACUGGGGGGCGCCACAGGACCUGGACCUCACUGUGGCCCUGGAGCUGCUGGGACUGGACUUCAUCGACCACAGAGUGAGAAGGCUCGCCGUGGAGAGACUGGACUGUCUGAACAAUGACCAAGUCCUGACCUAUCUGCUCCAGCUUGUACAGACAUUGAAAGUCGAGUCGUAUCAUGACAGUUUCUUGGCCCGGUUCCUGAUCCGUCGAGCUCUGCGGAGUAAGAGAAUCGGGCACUUCCUGUUCUGGUACAUGCGCAGUGAGGUUCUAGGCUGUCCGUACUUCAGACAGAGGAUGGCUGUGAUCCUGGAGGCCUACCUGCUGGGCUGCGGACGGGGCAUGCUCCAGUGCCUACGGCAACAGGUCCAGGCUGUGGAGGCUCUGCAGAACGUGGCCUUGGACAUAAAACAGCUGUUCCAGAAGAGAGACAUUGACCCACAAGCUCCUCUGCGGCUCCGUGAGUUCCUCCAGAACAGUGACCUCCCUCAUGAGUUUGUUUUACCGUUUGAUCCUCGAGUCAAAGUCGGAAAUGUCAUCUUGGAGAAGUGUAAGGUGAUGGCAUCCAAAAAAAAGCCCCUGUGGUUGGAGUUCAAGCCGAUGCCCUCCCCUGUGACCUCUGACCCUUCCACCAUGACCUCUGACUCUUCCCCUACAACUCCUGACCCGGUGGGAAUUAUUUUCAAACACGGAGAUGACCUGCGCCAGGACAUGCUCGUCAUACAGACAUUCGUUCUGAUGGACUCGAUCUGGCAGGACAAGUCUCUGGACCUGAACAUGAUCCCGUACGGCUGCAUCGCCACUGGACACAACAUCGGUAUGAUAGAAACAGUCAGAAAUGCUGUGACCAUCGCGGCAAUCCAGAAGAGCCGCGGAGGAAGCGCCGGAGCCUUUAAGAACGAUGCUCUGUUUGAAUGGCUCAAGUCCAAGUGUCCUCUGCAGGAGAUACACUUUCAGACGGUGGAGACCUUCGUGAAGUCGUGUGCUGGAUACUGUGUCGCCACGUAUGUGUUGGGCAUCGGAGACCGCCACAAUGACAACAUCAUGAUCACAGACAAAGGAAACCUGUUCCACAUCGACUUCGGGCACAUCCUGGGGAACUGGAAGCGUGUUCUGGGUGUGAGCCGCGAGCGCGUGCCCUUCGUCCUCACUCCAGACUUCCUCUACGUCAUGGGCCGUGUCAAGCACAAGAACAGCCUGUACUUCGACCGCUUCAAGGACAUCUGUACCCAGGCGUAUCUCUCCCUCCGCUCUCAGUCUCGACUCCUCGUCACGCUCUUUUCGAUCAUGAUGUUGACGGGGAUGAGAGAACUGAACUCCACCCACGACAUGCGUUACCUACGCGAGGUGCUACAGGAGGGGCGGAGCGAAGAAGAGGCGCGGCGUCACUUCCUGGAGCAGAUCGAUGUCUGCGUCACCGACGGAUGGACUGUUCAGACCAACUGGUGGAUCCACAUCCUCAUGGGUAUCAAGUAGACUGUGUCAGAUGCCCUUCCACACUCCUCCCUGUGUGUCAGAUGCCCUCCCACCCUCCUCCCC